AUGAAGAAUAUAAUAAACACAUUUUUACCUUAUUAUAAGCAUAACAACAAUUUAACAUUAAAUGUAACACUAAAAAAGAAAGUAAGGUUUUUAAUUUUUUAUCUAGAUCGUUUUGUGUAUUCUCCAAUACUUCAUAUAUUGUUAAGAAACAAAAAUGUUAAGGAACAAAAUGUAAUCAAGAAAAUAUAUAAAGAGAAAAUUUUAAACAAAUUGCAUUUGCAAUUUAACAUGGAUAAAAAUGAUGAAAAGGAUGAUAUUAAAUGUUCAAAAUAUAUUUAUAAAAAUUCUUUUGAAUAUAAGGAAAAAAUGAAUGAUAAAAUUUGUAAUAUAAAAAAUGAUAAAAUAAAUUAUAAAGACGAUAUAGAAAUAAAUGCUUUAUGGCCAGAGAGAAUAUCUUACGUACAACCUUUUGAAGUAAAAAAUAAUUUAGAAAAGGAUAAGUUUAAUGUUAUAUAUAUUGGACAUAUGAGUAUUUUAAUACAAACAUCGAAAUAUAAUAUAUUAAUAGAUCCUGUAUUAUCAAAUAGAAUUGGUUUUUAUAAUAUUUUAGGUGUCAAAAGAAUAAUAAAACCAGGUAUAAGUUUUGAACAUUUACCCAGUAUUGAUUUUAUUUUAUUAAGUAAUAAUAGAUAUGAUACUAUGGAUAAAAAAACAUUAAAAAAUAUAAUAUUAAGAGAUAAUAGUAUUGUUAUUGGAGGUAUGAAUAUAAGAAGAUAUUUAUUGAAAAGGAAUUUCCCAGUUGUUUAUCCUUUAAAUUGGUUUAAUAAAUUAAGUUUUGAAAAUUUAUCUUUUUAUUAUUUACCAACCUUAUCAAAUAGUCAUAGAUUUCUUAUUGAUAAAAAUGUAUACUUACCAGGAUCUUUUUUAAUACAUGAUUCAUCCACAAAUGCUACAAUUUUUUAUAGUGGUCAUUCUGGUUAUUCUAAUCACUUUUUACAAAUUAAAAACUAUGUUAAUAAUGUUGUACUCAAAAAGAAUAAUCAUAUAGAUUUAUCUAUAUUGCCUAUUGGUAUAUACAAACCUCAUUCUUUAUACAAUAAUUUUCACAUGUCCCCAAAGGAAGCCUUACAGAGCCAUUUUGAUUUAAGUAGUAAACAAUCAUUAGGAAUUGGAACUGAUGUUUUUUGCUUAGGGGGAGAACAAUAUAAAGAAGCCACAAAUGAACUGACACAUAUAUUAGAUUCUUAUCAAAAGAAAAAUAACAAUAAAAUUAUGUUUGGUACAUUACAACCAGGAGAAAAUUUGAUUAUAUAA